UAUUGGCGCACCACUGCUGCCAGAUUUACUUCUGCGCUUUCAGAAGAGCGAGAGACGGAUAGAAGACACCGGCACUAAUGAGCUGAGGGACUAUUGUGAGACUUUAGAGAUUUGUGGUAUUAUUUUCACACUUUUUGCAAGGCAGUCAUCGCGUGUUGUGGAUUUUACUUUUAAGAUCAUGAACUAAAGUGUUAUGCGCUUAACACUUCAUUGACGGAUUUUUUUUUUAACCGGCGGGAUUUCUUCAAAGGCAUAUUGGAACACUACGACUCCCUCUCUGGUUCUGAUAUGGGACUUUAGGUUAUACCUCUGGUACCAUCUUUCCUGGAGUGAAUUCGGCUGAUUUAAAAAAAAAAAAAUUGCGCUCUUCCAGAAAUGGUGGGGCAUUUACAUUUACAAGCUAUGGAUGAGAGUUUGAAAGGAAAGAACCGGGAGGGACUGCUCGAUAGUCCGGAUUCAGGACUCCCUCCAAGCCCCAGUCCGCCCUUCUACUCUCUGUCGCCAGGGAUCCUUGAGUCGCGCACCGGCAGCUGUUCUACCCCGACUGAGCUGCACGGAUACAGCAGAAAGGAGAGCCGGGAAGGCAAACUGCUGCCAUACUUGCUCCUGAACUCUCAAGGUCCAGAUGCGAGGUCACGCAUGUACCCUGUGGUCUAUGGAGAGAGCAUUGAGGUCAACCCCAAACCAGAAAAAGAAAUCAAGUUCAACUCUGCAGUGAAGUACGCUUCAGACAGACACUUUCGUGACCAGGUGUACUGCGCACAGGUGCAGACCGCCACAUCCUUCAGCGAGACGGUGGUGGCCGUCCAGAACUGCACGUGGCGCAGCUACAAAUCCGAGGUUCACUUCCAGCCACGGCACAGGCCGCUUCACUUCCAAAGCACGGCCAUCGUGUUCCCCAAGCACGCCCGCAACACAUACCGCACCACGCUCAACUACAACAGCAGCAGAAACACAGCCGGGCGACGGUGGUUUGUGUCCACAGUCAGGCUGGAGUCCACUGAGGACGCCAGUCCAUGCAUCAUUUACACAGAAGACCUCUGAGAGACACAUGAGAGGUUUGUUAUCCUUCUCAACAUGUCAACAACAACAACAAAAAAAAAAACUCCCUAGAGAGUGAGAGGACGUGGACUCGGUUACUAAAACCCUGAUUCAAAGCGAAUGGCAAGAGACUUUAAAGAAAGGAAACGAAGAGUCAGUGAGGGCCAUUUUGUUGUUUUGCUUCCGGUGACAUUGGUACUUGAUAGUGGGGAUGAGGUAGAGUUGUGUGUGUGUGUGUGUGUGUGUGUGUGUGUGUGCGUGCAUUCUUUAGUGAUAUAUUUAUGUACAUCUGAUUCAAAUCCAAUUGUACCCGUCAGGUGGAGGGAAAAACGGGUUCUCUUGUUUGCCGAUUCAUUGGCUCACAUGGAAUCCGUGCCCGCAGAAUUCCAAUGAAAGAUUGGCAGAUUUACACGGAACGCAAAAGAAUGUUAUUUAAAAAUCGAAUCAAAAUCUCUUUUAUUCGUCAAUGUGUCUGGUACUAGAAUUUGGCUUGGUUACAUUUUAGUGCCUCACAUGCAUAGUAACAUGCAUAGUUUGGCUAUAGGUUUUAUGCUACAGAAUCUUAAUGGGUUCUAUCGGGCGCCUCAUAUAUAGAUCCUCUACAUGAGAUCAUUUUAUGCAAGUUUUAAUUUUGUUUUCAUUUUUAUUUUAGUUUUCAUUACAAUAGCUCAAUAAACAAACAAUAAAUUCUCCUUAUAGGCAUAUAUAAUACCUUUUUGCGAUAAAAUUGAGGGUAAAACCUCUAUAUAGAACCUUAAUGAACCAAGAGGGUAUUAAUAAAACUGUAAGACUUUCAUCUAUUGUAUCAUUUUAAUAAUGACUUAAAAUGAUGCAGAUAUUCCCCUAAAAAUGAAAAGAACAUGCAGGGCCGACUUUAUCGUCUUACUCACUAUUGCUGAUUCGUACAAAUGCUCAAACAGGAAAUGCAAAAAACACAAAAUGCAAAGAUUAUAAGCACAUUAUAUGUGGAUGAGAGAGACAGUGCUGACACUGACUAUCACAGAACUGGCGGAGAAAAUAGAAACUGUUUUUAAGUUGCACUUAUGGAAAGUUGUUUUUUUUUCUUUUUCUUUUCUGUUGGCUGUAAAUGUGUUGGUAUGACUAAUGGAGGAACACUUGAAAGGUUGGACCAAAGACUCUGUAAAAAUUCUUUUUUUUUUUUCCUGUUAGUACCUCAAAAAACACGGAAUCAUUUCUUGCACAAACAUUUAAGAAGCCGGCGACGUGCUAAUAAUUCAAGAGCAGCACUCAGAAUGACAGGAAACAGAAGAGCGGAUGAGGAAAUAAGUGGACUGAGCAUGUGUUAUAUGAGAGAGUUCGGCAUGUUUUGAUUCGAAAGGCCAAAUGUUGUAUUUGUGAAUAGAGACAAAGUUCACUGACCUCCUGACAUAGUCAUGGUCUGAAGACUGCGGUUUCUGGCUUUCAGAUUGUACGGUUGGAUAACUUGGGUUUCAAAGGUAUUGAGUUUUUUCUGACAUUGUUGGUGCCUGUUAGUCUCAGCCAAAAUCUAGAUUGCACAACUGAGCUCCUGUCACCUGCAUUUCAUGUGGAGCAGAGAGGAAACAUUCAGCUGUUGUUCUUUUAGGAGGAUAUGAGAUAUAACAGCAAUAAGGUUUUGACCGAGCAGUAAAGCAUUAUGAAGGUGUAAGUACUUUAUGUCCGGAACUAUCCGGGUUUAGUUCUGUACAAGCUCAAAUGGAUGAUCUCUUGCCUCGUUACAUUUUUGGCGGGAAAACACUGAAAAUGUGUUUUUUUUAAACAAUGACUAAGUAUGUUUUCGUCUGUAAUGGUAUGUGGAUGUGUUUUGACAGUUCAAACCAAAAGAACCAAAGUUUAGUUCAACUAAGUGUAAUACAGUAUAAUAGUAAUACAUUAACCAAUCACUUCCUGUGUGUUAAGAUGGUUCACCCAUUUGAUAACUUGAUAAUUGAGAAAUUUUAACAAUGUGUUAAAAGCAGAUCUGAUGUGGGAUGUUUUCUAUUUUCAUGUGUAUGAUUUUUUUUUUUAAGAAUACAUUUGUUUGGUGUUCAAAUGCUCUCUGCUAAAGGAUGGAUUGCUAACACAAUAAUUCGUGUUUCUGGUAAAUAUUUUCCUGUUGUAUAUGUGGCAUACAGCACUCGUAAUUCUCUUUAUAUUUUUGUAUAAAUUCCCAAGUUAAUGGUCUUCUUUUGGACAACGGAUGAGAAAAUAAUUUAAUAAAAAAAAAA